UACUUUUGUUGAAUGAUACAUGCACCUCUGCAGUUUCAGAUUCUCUUCAUCUUUGGGCUGAUCAAACCCAAGAGAUUGGCACAGUGGGUGGGAGCCUCACAAUUGUGUGUCGUUAUGACCGAGGAAAAUAUGUGUUCUUCAAGAAAUACUGGUGUCACGGAGAAUCCAGGAACUGGUGUGACACUUUAAUUGACACAGAUGGUUCUGUAAAAACAAAUUACAAUGGAAGAAUUUCAAUUUGGGAUAAUAGAAGGGGCCUCUUAUCAAUCGAAAUGAAACAGCUUAGUUUGGAAGACACAGGAACAUACUGGUGUGGGAUAGACAAACCUUACGCUGAUAUUAUGUGUGCGAUACAUGUGAAGAUUGUUGAAGAGCCUGUGUCUGACCCCGUUGUCACGUUUCUCAGUUUGCCCAGUGUCUCUUGUUCCACUCUAACAAUCAGCUGCCACUCUGCCAAGGGUACUAGUGUUCACUACACUUGGUACAAAAGCAGUGACUCCGAGGAUGUUCCCGUUCAGCUUUCUCAUGCCCUCAGUUUACACUGUGAAACACUGCUUGAGUCUCAGCAACUGUACUGCACUGCUUCCAACAGCGUGAGCAAGAAGUCAAGUGUGUUGGUGGGGGUUGACGUGAUCUUGCCAGCUCAGGAGAAGUGUGUUUUCAGAGUGAAAAUCACAAAUCAGGAAUCAUACACCUGUUGGAACGGGAUCACCACCAGCACAGUUCUGGGAACAUAUGACAUUACAGAGGAAUAUACCAGUAGAAGCUCAUCAUUAAGCACUGGAGUCAUAAAGAACCCCCCUGAUGCCACUGCUUGGUACAUCACAUGGGAAGUCGUUCGCUGGAUGCUUUUUGCAACACUCCUGGUGGUUUGCAUUGUCAUGCGACAGUGUUAAAGCAGGGGGGGGGGGGGGUGCUUUUUUCAGGCACCUUUAUGUUUCUGUGACAGGGUACACCCCGCCCCUGUGUUUAUUUGUACUUUUGUUGUAUUAUUAUGAUUUAAAUGUAUUGUUUUGUGUUUAGAAAUCAAGUGAUUAUUAUUAUUGUUUUACAGCAUAGAUGGGGUUAAAAUUCCCCAUCCAGCUAACUUGUGAGUAAUGUGGCCAUCUCCUAAUUAAUCAAGUAAUUACCAAUUGGGAGAUGGCCACAUAUAUAAAAGCGAAGCAGCCUCUCCUGGUGGGUUGAUGAGAGUAGAGAGAGAAAGGAGACAGAAAAACAGUGAGAAAAUAACAAUUGCUACUCGUGCUGUCACAAGAACUAUGGAGUAGCCACGGAGAGAAAUAAGCAGUCUGCAUCCUGCCAGCACUGAGAAAUGACAAACUAAAAUAAACUGUGUCUAAAAUAACUGAAAUCAUUUUUGGUCUUUUUUAUUAUUUCUUACCAAGUAUCAAUAAGAAUAUACUUAUUUGGUGGGUCAAUCAAUAGAGUUUUAUUUAAGUAAGCUUAAAACUUAAAUGUGGUAGAAAAAAUAGGGGUUUAGUGUUUGUUGUAUAUUGGUUUUACUUUGGGUUAAUGUAUAUUGAUGUAAUGUUAUACUAUGUUUUAAAAAAAAAAAAUUGUUUUAGAAAACAAAAAAGAGCUGGCAAAAAAGCCAUACUUUGCUAAAAUUGUAAGUUGUUUUUAAAAUCCAAACCACCACUUGCGAAUCCAACUCAUGUACAAGCUUAUAAACUUUGAAACAUUGUUUUGUACACAAAAUGUAACGUAAUAAUGCACUGUACCAGAAAUAAACACAGAAACAACCUU